CGAUUUGCAAAGUAUUAAAAGUUUCGAUUACGUCAAAUGGAAGAAAAAACGUACUUUUUCCCAAUAGCCAGGUUUUUUAUGGAAAUAACAACGAUAUGGCAGCCUAAUAAAAUGACCGAAACCUCACGUAAAGUGUACACGGCAUUAGCCUAUUUAUUUAAGGGAAAUUAUUGCAUCUUCAUCGCUUCGUACUUUAUCGGUUUAAUUACCACAGAUUCGGAGGAAGAUCGCGAAAGUAAUUUGCAAUAUCUUCCCACUGUGAUCGCCAUUGCAGUAAGGAUGUGGUUUCUUCAUACCAAAGAAAUUAAAGCAAUUUUUUCAGGCAUUUACCGCCUCGAAAGAAAACUGGCUUCAGAAGAAAACAAAAAUUUGAGAAACCUAUUCUUCGACGAAGUGAAAUACAACAAAAAUUUAACAAAACUACUCAUUGCUCUAAACAGUUUUACCAAUAUACAGAUGUUUAUUUUAUCGAUAUAUCUAUGCAUGAAAUUGAAGAUGAUCAUUAUGGCCGUCGCUUGGUAUCCAUUCGAUAAACACCAAUACAUAUACCUAGUAGCUUUGCACCAGAUUUUCAGCACGACCUACGCCACUGUGGUUUACCUAGGAUUAGAUAUCACCAUCGUGCCUCUAAUUUUAUUUGCCACCACUAGAUUAAAGUUGCUGUGCUACAAGUUUAGGCAUUUCGAACAAAUGACGAAAAAUUCCGGUUUGUCCCGCAGGGAGUAUUUAAGGUCGUUGGUCGAGGAACAUCAUGAUAUCAUAAGUUACGUCGUUUCCGUCAAUUAUUCUUUGCGAUGGUGUUUCAUCAUCGACUUCAUAAUGAAAUCUUACUCGUUUACGCAAUAUCUUUAUUCAGUAUUAAAAUCAUUCAAUGAAGAUCGUUCUCGAUUGGUUCUUGCUCUGCUGGUGUUCUUGUUGGUCUCAUUUGAAACUUGGUACAUCAGUUAUCACGGGAACGAAUUGAUUCUAGCUAGCCAAGAAUUGUCCAAAUGCAUUUUCGCUAAUAAUUGGUACGAAUUGGACGUUGGCAUGCAAAAGGAUCUUCUAAAGAUUAUUGUUCGGUCUCAACGACCGUUGAGUAUCGUCGUCCAACAUUUGUAUAAUAUUGACAAUAAGUUGUUUUUAAAAAUUAUGAAAGCUGGAUACACGUUUCUGUUAUUCUACAACGUAUAAUAAUCGCACACGUCACAUACUAAAGGAAUUUUAUUUGUAGAAUAUCUCUUACAUGUAAUUAGUAGAUAAUAUAGAAUUUGAAG